CAGCUACAAAUUAACUUGGCUUGCACGCACGUACGUGUGUGGGUCGGUCGACAUUCGACCAGGGCAAAGAUCAUCCGUUCGAUCGAGAAUUCGAGACUCCACACCGCGAUGAGAGGACCAGCUGUUGAUGAUGCCGUGCGGCUCGCCGCGCUCCUGAUCCUCGUCCUGGUGGCUGCCGCCGCGGCACACGCUGCAGGCGCCGGGGACGAGGCCGCGGGUGAAAAGGAGGACCCGGAGGUGGUGGCGUGCAAGCAGCAGUGCGCGGGCCAGCGGCGGUUCGGGGAGCCCGAGCUGCGUUACUGCGCGCAGCGCUGCGACGAGUAUGGCCGCGAGAAGAAGCGGCGCCAGGAGGAAGAGGAAGAGAAACAAAGCCACGACGACCCCGACAAGGAGCGCGACCGUUGCCUGCACGAGUGUCGCGUCGGCCCGUCAUCGCGCGAGAAGAAGCCCGGAUGCGAGCGCAGGUGCCUCGACGAGUACGAGCGGGCCACACACGGCGGGGAUGGGCCGCCAGGCUGGGCCCGUGUCGGUCAAGCCGGGCCGGGCCGGUGCGCGCGGUGGUCGACUCGGGACGCCGGGCGCGCGGGGAUCAGUACGAUUAGGCCCGUUUUGCGUUAGUCAGAGCCCGUUUUGCGUUGUCGUCCCUGUGCAGUGCAUGUGACGGUCUGAGGAGUGCUCGUGUUUCUUUUUUACGCUUUUCAUCGAGAAAUACGUACAGCAACAAAGGUCAAAAAGCAACAGAACAAAAGAGACACUACUCAAGAGGCCUAACCGUCUUGCUCGCGUUUUUGUUGUUCGACUGCAUGAAUCGAAAAGAGUAAUUUGCAAUGCAUGUUUAGUCAUUGAAUUCGAGUUGACGGUGCAAUUUAUGAUAUUUGUAAAGUUUAUUUGGAUCAUUUAGCAAAUAAGAAUAUUGAUUUAGCAA